AUAAGCGAAGAGAGACAGCGAAUAACACACAAAUAUACGAAAUGGAUUUCUAUUACUCGCCCCGUGGAAGUGGAUGCCGUACCGUGAUCAUGGUGGCCAAGGCCCUUGGUCUGGAGUUGAACAAGAAGCUAAUGAACACCCUUGAUGGUGACCAACUGAAGCCAGAGUUCGUGAAGCUCAAUCCCCAGCACACCAUUCCCACUCUGGUGGACAAUGGAUUCUCCAUCUGGGAGUCCCGUGCCAUCGCCGUUUAUCUGGUGGAGAAAUACGGCAAGGACGACUCCCUCUUCCCCAAGGAUCCCAAGAAGCAGGCUCUGGUCAACCAACGCCUAUACUUUGACAUGGGUACUCUGUACGAGAGCUUUGCCAAAUACUACUAUCCUCUUUUCCACACUGGAAAGCCCGGAACUGAUGAGGACUUUAAGAAGAUCGAGAGUUCCUUCGAGUAUCUGAAUAUCUUCCUGGAGGGCCAAGACUACGUGGCCGGUGAUCACCUUACAGUGGCCGAUAUUGCCAUCCUCUCCAGCGUUUCCACUUUCGACGCCUUUGAUUUCGAUCUUAGCAAGUACUCGAAUGUGGCCAAGUGGUAUGCCAAUGCCAAGAAGGUGACUCCCGGAUGGGACGAGAAUUGGAAUGGUGUGUUGGAACUGAAGGCAGUUUUUGACGCCCGUCCAACUCUUCUGAAGAUGGAUCUCUAUAACAUGUCUGGUUCCCCGAGCACCCGUGCUGUUAUGAUGACCGCCAAAGCUGUGGGAGUCGAGUUCAACUCGGUGCAAGUGAACACCUUUGUGGGGGAGCAGCUGAAACCAUGGUUUGUGAAGAUAAACCCUCAGCACACGAUUCCCACACUGGUGGACAAUGGAUUCGUUAUUUGGGAGACACGGGCCAUUGUUGUCUACCUAGUGGAGCAGUACGGAAAGGACGACUCUCUGUAUCCAAAGGAUCCCCAGAAGCAGGCUCUGAUCAACCAGCGGUUGUACUUCGAUAUGGGCACACUGUACGAUGGCAUUGCCAAGUACUUCUUCCCACUGCUCCGCACUGGCAAACCUGGAACUGAGGAGAAUCUGGAGAAGCUGAACGCUGCCUUUGAUCUUCUCAACACUUUCCUCGAUGGCCAGGAUUACGUGGCCGGCAAUGAACUAUCCGUGGCAGAUAUAGUUAUACUGGCCACCGUUUCCACAACCGAAAUGGUUGACUUCGAUUUGAGGAAGUUCCCCAAUGUCCACAGAUGGUACAAGAACGCCCAAAAAGUUACUCCGGGAUGGGACGAGAACUUGGAGAGAAUUCUAAGCGCCAAGAAAUUUUUGGCCGAAAACUUAAUAGAAAAGUUAUAAAUAUUAUUAAGAAAUAAUGUAUGUUUGUAAUUGGUUAGGGCGCGGGGUGCUGGGUCUGUGGUGCGGGGUCCCGCAGCUGCUGCAAACGAUCGCGGGAGAAAGUUGAAUAAAGAAUAGCGUAAAGAACUCGCA